AUGCAAAAGGGGAUUAUUGGCCUAAAUAUUGACUCGCGUUGGCCUUAUCCUUUGACGAACUCUACUGUGGAUUUAGAAGCAACGAAAAGAUGUAUGGACUUCAAGUUUGGCUGGAUACUAGAGCCCCUUACGUCCGGAGAUUAUCCAGAAACAAUGAAGAAAAUUGUUGGUUCUCGUCUUCCAUCCUUCACAAGAAUCCAGUCUGAAGCUAUAAUUGGUACUGCAGACUUCAUCGGGAUAAAUUACUACUAUUCCAUCUAUGUGAGCAAUUGCCCUUCAGACAAAGGCGUGCGCAACUAUACUGCAGACAUGUCAAUUAGCUCCAAAAGUAAGCAUCAUUGCUUUACUGUUCACAAAUACUCCUAUAUAGCAGCAGUUGUGGGCAAUGUCAUCUACUUAUCUGCUGACAACAGAAAGUUCACACUGCUAACAUAUAAACUGACUAGACAAUUCAUUACGCUUCUGAAAAAGAUUUACAACUCUGAGAUUUGUGAUCCAAAGGGCACAUCUAAAAAUAUACAUGUUUCUUUGAUGCAGCUUCUAAAACAGACCCACCAGCUGGAAAGGUAA